AUGAUGCCUGAUCUCUCAUUGCCACUGGGGCGCCAGGAUCCCUACUUUUCAGAUGAUGAGACCACCAGGUUCGUGUUUUAUUGGUGCCUCCUCUGGGUGACCUUGCACUACCUGGCGUGGCCCUUGUGGCAACGAAGGAGGGUACUGGGGCUGAUUUGUUCCCCCACGCCAGUGGAGAGAUACAGACGUCGGCUUUGCCGCUCUCAAGUCUACUGCAGCCUCGCAGUGCUGGGUGGUUUGAGACUCCUCUUAGGCUGCAGGUGGUCGGCACAAGAUUUGCUCUAUGCCUACUCUGAUGAACACCAAGUGCUCUUCAGCAUGGCCAUUGCUCACUGGUUGGUUUCAGUCUGGGAGGAUCUUCAGAACUGGCACCUCUGGCACGGGUUGGAUGGGUUGGAGGUCGGGGAAACCAGGACGUUUCUGCGUGGUGGACUGAGUGCCAAGGACACCCAGCAUCAUUUAGUGGCCGCCGUGGCCUUCGCUUGCGCCUUGCGCAUGCGAGUUUGCACAGGCCUUGCGGCCUUUGGCUUGAUAUUUGAGCUGCCGGUUCUCUACAUGAAUCACCGUGAGUUCAUUGUCUAUGCGGAGCAACCAGUGGAGUGGUUCCAAGACAUCAGGCAAGUGGAACUCUUCUGGAGCACACUGAUUCUUUGGUGGCGACUCGCGCGUGGGGUGCCCACGAUGGUGUACAUCUACUCCCUGAUCUUUUGGUCAGAGGAUCUGGCGAGGCUUUCCAACAAGGUCUUAAAUUGGGCUCUAGCCUCAACUUACCUGGGUGCUUGGCAGAAGAAGGAUUUGGAAGUGGCUAGCAGCCUGGACCCCUGGGGAGCGCUUGGAACAGACAACGACCGAGGUGCUGCCGCCACAGAGUUUGAAGAGAAGUUCAGGGAACUGCUGAAGCCGGAUGAUGAGGUGCAACUGGCCGAGAAGGAGAAGAAGGCGGAGGAAAGCAGCAUCGCUCAGGACAUCCCUGAAGUGGUGAAAGAACCAUUGAUGCAGGUUCCUCCGGAGAUGUUUGCCAAGGCUCAGGGAGAAGAGGGUCAACUGUGGCUGGAGAUAGACAACGUGGCCUACGACCUCACCGAGUUUCUAGGCAAACACCCUGGAGGUGAUUCCAUCCUGCGAAAAUUUGCGGGGAAAGAUGCCUCCAAGGCCUUUCACAAAGCAAAACAUUCGAUGCAAGCGAAGAUGCAGAUGCAGAUGUAUUGUUUGGGUCCCAUGAUGAAG